UUACUUACUUACUCUACUGUGGAUAUUUUUUUCUCUAACAGGUAAUAAAAAAAACACUUUUCUCCCUCUAGAGUCUCCUUCCAAUUCCCAUUUUCUGCUAAUUUUCUUUCACUUUCUCGUCUGAUUUUCCUGGGAAAUUAAAAAAAAAACAUCCUAAAACCCUACCUCAAACGAAUAUUUUUUUGUAAAUCUUAUAUAGAACCAUUUCGAUUUGAUUAUUAUGGCAGAUCUGUGGAUCUCAACACUCUAAUGUUUAUUAUGGAAGCUAGGAUGAGAUCUAAGCAUGAUAACAAUACCAAAGGGAUAAAGAAGAAGCUCGUUUAAAAAAAAAGAUAGUUUGGUCUCUUUUUUUACAGUCGCCGCCAUUGUUGUUCUACAGUGAGCUUGGACAGUUGACACCUGUAAUCCAAACUUCUGAUAAAGUAUGAGAGUAGCGUUUCAAUGGAGUUGGACGAAGACAUUGAGGUACAAAGACAACAACAACAAAGCAGGAAGCUACAGAGAUUUACAGACGACAACACCGGAAUGAUGAAGGAUUGGAACAAUCCAUCGUCUCGUAUCAUUAGGGUUUCACGAGCUUCAGGAGGCAAAGAUCGACACAGCAAAGUCUUGACUUCAAAAGGUUUGAGAGAUAGGAGGAUACGUCUCUCGGUAGCUACAGCUAUCCAGUUCUAUGAUCUUCAAGAUCGUCUUGGAUUUGAUCAGCCAAGCAAAGCUGUUGAGUGGCUUAUCAACGCAGCUUCUGAUUCAAUCACUGAUCUUCCUCCGAUCAACACUAACUUCGAUCUUGAGAAUCAGAACCAGACCAAAUCUGCUUGUAGUAGUGGAACAUCUGAGAGCUCGUUGUUGUCUUUGUCUAGGACAGAGAUUCGUGGGAAAGCAAGAGAGAGAGCUAGAGAGAGAACUGCUAAAGAAAGAGAUAAAGAUUUGCAGAAUGCUCAUCAAAGCUCCUUCACUCAGCUUCUCACCGGCGGCUUUGACCAACAACAACAACAGCAACAGCCGGAUAACCACCGGAAUUGGACCGGUGGUUCUGAUUGUUUCAACCCGGUUCAGUUCAUACCAAACUCAUCCUCAACAUCUCAUCAAGAGCCAACAAUGAAUCAGAAUAACCACCCUUUCUCCUUUGUACCUGAUCAAUACAACUUUGGAAUCUCUUCUUCUUCUGCCCUUAAUGGAGGUUACAGUAGUAGGGGGACCCUUCAGUCCAAUUCACAAUCUCUCUUUCUCAACAACAACAUUACUCAAAGGGCAUCGAUUUCGUCUUCCUCUUCUUCCUCUUCUCCAAUGGAUAGUCAGAGCAUUUCCUUUUUCAUGGCUACACCUCCUCCUCUUGACCACCAUAGCCACCAGCUGCCUUCUACUUUUGAUGGCCGUUUGUAUCUUUAUUACGGCGAAGGAAACAGGAACUCCGAUGAUAAAGAUAAAGAUAGGAGAUAGGAGUCAAAAUGCUUCCCUUUCAUCUCUCCACAAUCUUGGAGAGGAAGUGUAAUUUUGAGGGAAGACUAUGUUUGCGCAGCCCUGGGCAUAUAUAUAUAUAUAUGGAUCCCCCAUUGCAAUCAGAAGCAUGAUUGGUUGUAUGUUAAGACCGUGAGUAAUUGUUGUUUGUUAAGAAGAUGUAUUAUGUAUGUAUGAAUCAUAUAUAUGUUUUUAUGUGUGUUCA